UUCCUUGCAACAAACAAGUUGUUAGUGACCCUUCUUCAUGUGUCCAUGACUAGUGUGUUAUCUAGACUGUUCUGGAAAAAAAAAAAUCUGUGGAUACUGUGGGUCUGAGGGGAACAGAAUGGCUGGGGCAGAACCAUUUUUGGCAGAUGGCAAUCAGGAAUUAUUUCCCUGUGAAGUCUGUGGAAGACGCUUCGCAGCAGAUGUUCUGGAAAGGCAUGGACCAAUAUGUAGAAAACUCUUCCACAAAAAGCGUAAACCUUUCAAUUCCUUGAAACAAAGAUUACAGGGCACUGACAUUCCCAUGGUGGGGAAAGCUCCUCAGUCCAAGCCUCAAUCUGUGAGGAAAUCUAACUGGAGACAACAACAUGAAGACUUCAUUAAUGCUAUUCGAUCAGCAAAGCAGUGUACACUAGCCGUUAAAGAAGGCCGGCCACUCCCCCCACCACCCCCUCCGUCCAUCAACCCAGAUUAUAUCCAGUGCCCAUAUUGUAUGAGGAGGUUUAAUGAAACUGCAGCCAAUCGACAUAUUAAUUUCUGCAAGGAUCAGUCUUCUCGCCGAGUCUUUGAUCCAGCCCAGAUGGCAGCCAAAUUGGCAUCCAGAGCGCAGGGUAGGGCUCAGAUGACUCCAAGAAAAGAACCGACCGUCACCAGAGUUGUGGGAGCUCUGCUACACAACAGGGCCCUGGAGGCCUCGAGUGUGACCCCAACCAGGCCAGGAUUAGCUGUGGACCCUGCUUCUGGAGCAAAACUGAGACAAGGAUUUACUAAAUCUUCUAAAAAAGAUUAACUCCUAGAGGCCAGACUGGCUCCCUGUAACUUAUCAGCCUGGACGGCUGUGUCCCCAGGAAUGCCACCUAAGGAAGGAGCCGGAGACGCCUGUUGACAUACCCGUGA